AUGGUCAUUCCUUACAUCAUGAACAAGUUCCCCAUUUCUCAUGACGUAUACCAUGAAUUAACCCAACAAGAGCCAGAACGUCCAAGAGGUUACCUAAUCAAAGGCUGUCAGCAAUCCUUAGAUGACCAGUGGGAAAUAAAGAGACCACAGGGCAGUGUCCUGGUGCUGAACUUACCUUCAGACUGCCAAACGCAUGUAAAUAUUUUGUAAAUAAUGUUUUCCCUAAAGGAUUAGGUAAGCUCGAGAAAUUCAUACAGACAAUAAGCGUUAAAUACAUACCAAGCUGAGAAAAAUUGAAACUUGUAACUAAAAAGGACACAUAUACUGCAAAGUACAGUUUAUAAUAUUGUAACCUCCUGCUUUUUAAAAGAUAAAAUGGUCCUGUUUUUAUGACUUCUAAUGUUGACAUGCUUAUCUUUGUCUUUGAAGAGAGUUGCAGAAUUCAGUUGAAGAUGAGCCUACAGUUAAAGUUAAACUAUCUGGGGAUGGGGCACAAAUCUCUCAUUCUAGCUCGCUGUAUGAUUGUUCCUUUGCUUUGCUUGAAGAGAGCCAGAACAUGCUAUCGAGUGCAGGUAUGUUUUCUUAUGGAUAA